AUGAUUACUCCAAUUGUUACAAGAGGACUUCUGCAAAGUUCCAGAUAUGUAAGAUCAUUCAGUUCGAGUCGAAUCCUCUCGGCGCAAGAAGUCAAAAGCCUCGGCGUUAUUGGAGCUGGACAAAUGGGCUUAGGAAUAGCAUUAGUAGCAGCAAAAGUCGCUGGUGUGCCAGUCACUCUCGUCGAUACAAAUAAAGCCUCCCUUGAUAAAGGCCUAGCAUUUGCCGAUAAACUCCUGGCCAAAGAUGUAAACAAACAACGCAUCACCCAAGAACAAUCCGACGUUAUCCGAUCCCUCCUCAUUCCCACCACAAGUAUGAGUGACCUUUCCUCGGCCGAUUUUGUAAUCGAGGCCGUCCCCGAAAUUCCCUCCUUGAAGUUCUCCAUAUUCAGUUCUCUCGCCCAAAUCUGUCCUCCCCAUGCCAUCCUUGCCACAAACACCUCCUCCAUAUCCAUAACACGAAUUGCCGCAUCUACGACCAAAGAUCCAACCGAUACCAGUGUUUCCUCCCGUGUAGUUUCAACGCAUUUUAUGAAUCCGGUGCCUAUUCAAAAGGGCGUAGAGAUUAUUACUGGAUUACAAACAAGUCAAAGUACUUUGGAUGCGGCCAUCGACUUCUGCAAACGAAUGGGUAAAAUUCCAUCUACUUCAGCAGAUUCGCCCGGCUUCUUGGCCAACCGAAUCUUAAUGCCUUAUAUCAACGAAGCUAUAAUAUGUUUAGAAACUGGUGUUGGGAAAAGGGAUGAUAUUGAUGCGAUAAUGAGGAAUGGAACAAAUGUACCCAUGGGACCAUUGCAGUUGGCGGACUUUAUUGGCAUCGAUACUUGUUUGGCCAUUAUGAAGGUAUUACAUGAAGAGACGGGGGAUAGUAAGUAUAGACCUAGUGUGUUACUAGGGAAAAUGGUAGACGCUGGAUGGUUGGGCAAGAAGAGUGGAAAGGGAUUUUAUGACUAUUAG